GAGCUAUUGGAGGACAGACAACUUCCAGUGGUCAGGACAGUGUUCCAGUGUAUGAGAGUUCCAGAGUACGAGAGUUCCAGAGUCCCAGGGUACCAGAGUCCUGGGGUACCAGUGUUCCAGGGUACCAGUGUUCCAGG